AUGGCGGUUUCCGGUUACCUUGAUCUGCGGUUGAUGGUGAUGACGAGCUUGACGACGUACUGGCUUGUGGUGGCUCUGGCAAGGACUCCUGGUGGUGCUCAUGGUGUUGUUUACUUAGUCAUACAAAAUGAUUAUGUGAAUGGUGAUGCUUUGCCAUCAAAAAUCGCCAUCAAAAGUCCACCUAUAUCAUCUUCCUUCAGUCUUUGUGAUGAAGAACGAAUUUUGAAGGAUCUUUCAUCUCCUCAUGUUAUCUCUUACUAUGGUAGUAAUAUAACACCAGCUGAAACUCGACCCCUAGGGUGCGACUACAACUUAAUCCUUGAGUAUUGUUCUGGUGGGAGUAUUGCAGAUUUUAUCAAGUUCAGAGGAACAGGGAUGGUGGAGUCCGAUGUUCAGCUAUUUGCUCUACACAUCCUCAAAGGUAUCAACUAUGUACACUCAAAGAAGAUCGUCCACUGUGAUAUUAAACCAGCUAAGCUCAAACCGGUUAAUAGCUCAUCUAUACUUGGUUGUUUAAUGCCUAAUGGAUUUGAGCCAAAGCUUGCUGAUUUUGGUUUAGCAUUGAGAAAAACUUCAGAUGAGUAUGGGGAUGGUUGUGGGUUUGCAAGAGGGACACUAUUGUACAUGGCUCCAGAGCUUUUAUGUUCUGGAAAUUUGGAUUAUUGUGCUGAUAUAUGGUCCUAUGGAUGCACUAUUUUAGAAAUGUUUACUGGUAAGAAGCCUUGGAGUGAACUUGGCUUAACUGACAGGAAGGAAUUGAAAGAUGUUAUUGGCAACAGCAGUGUCUUACCUGAGCUACCCAUGUGGUUAUCUGAUAGUGCGAGAGACUUCUUAGGAAAGUGCUUAAAAGAUCCUCAGAAAAGAUAUGACUCUAUGUAUUUGCUGGAGCACAAAUUUCUUGCUUCAGUCGUUGGUCACUCUUACUAG